AUGUCUUCCAUCGCCGAAGAACGCCUUGACGACCUGCGCGAGAACGUGAAUGACCUCCUUAACUAUGAGAUUAUCAGUGAUGUGGAACUGAAGAAGGUCCUUGACCGCGAGGACGUUUUCGAAGCGAGUACGGCCGACAUGCUGGCACAUAUACCAAAAGCACUGAAGAAUGAUUUUCUAGAUGGGUUGAUUGCCAGAAGGAGGCGGCGAUUUGAUAAAGAAGUUUUGGAGGUUUUAUCCACCACUAUAACGUGGGUGACGGUGGAGAGGGGGCCGCCCAGGUAUGGUGAGAAUACUGCUGCAGAGUAG